UUUCCUCCUUAUAAAAUGAGUGAGCAGAUAGCAUCAGACAAGGCUGAGCCAAAACCACUACCCAAAACCGGCACACGCCACCGUCCUCCGCCUUCCUCCUCCGGCAAUGCCGCCGGAAAUAAGAGCUGCGCCACCGCCUCAACCCUAAAACCACCACCACCACCGACAAUGGCACUCGCGGCCUCAACUCGAGACCUGAAGCACCGAGUCCUAACAUGCCUCAACAAGCUCUCCGACCGCGACACCCACUCCUCCGCCGCCGCAGAGCUCGAAUCCAUCGCCAGGACCCUCACUCACGACUCCAUUCCCCCUUUCCUCUCCUCCAUCUCCGCCACCGACGCCUCCGACAAGUCCCCCGUCCGUAAACAAUGCGUCCGCCUCAUCUCUCUCCUCUCCCAAUCUCACGGCGACUCUCUCUCUCCUUACCUCUCCAAACUCCUCUCUGCCGUCGUCCGCCGCCUCCGCGACCCCGACUCCGCCGUCCGCUCAGCCUGCAUCGACGCAACCUCUUCCAUCUCGUCACACAUCACGAAACCUCCUUUUACUUCGAUUGUAAAGCCGUUGAUCGAUGCUUUGGUGACCGAACAAGAUCAGAAUUCUCAGAUCGGAGCUUCACUGUGCUUGGCUGCGGCGAUCGAUGCUUCGCCUGAUCCGGAUGCUAUGUAUUUGAAGAAGCUGCUGCCGAGGAUUGAGAAGUUGUUGAAGUGCGAUAGCUUCAAGGCAAAGCCAGCGCUUUUAACGGUUAUUGGAAACGUGAUUGGAGUUGGCGGUGCUUCGAGUCACCAGACAGUGAAGAGAUUGGUGCCGUGUUUGGUUGAAUUCAUUGGCAGUGAGGAUUGGUCGGCGAGGAAGGCGGCUGCGGAGGCGCUGGUGAGUUUGGCGGUGGUGGAGAGGGAAAUGUUGAUGGAGUUUAAGGCUGUGUGUUUGAAGACGUUCGAGGCGAAAAAAAUGGAUAAGGUGAAGAUUGUGAGGGAGACUAUGAUCCAAUUGGUGGGGGCUUGGACGGAGAUUCCUGACGUUUUGGAUGAGGUCUCACCUCCUCCAGAACCACAAUCAUUUUCCAGAGAGGAUUCUAAUGAUGAACAACACCCACCUGGAUCCAAAACUUCCUGUAUGGUUAAUUCUGGAGCUCCUCAAAUGAGGAAGAAAAGCAUCCCAGCUAACGGGUCUUCUUUCCCUGAUGGUUCAGUUGCAACCACUGCCCAGGAAAGUCCUCUAGAUAGUAGUGACAAGAAGUCAGGCCCAGCUAUGUUCCGAAAGCUUGAUCGUAAAAAAUCCACUGAUUGGAAAAUUGAAAUUACCACUCCUCAGGAGCCCUCCAUGAUGGUGGUUUGUGAGGAUGAAGAUAUGAAAGGUUCAGAGAAAGGUGAGAAGGUAAGAAGUAGAUUUGCAAAGCCAGAAACAAAACAGACUUUCUUCAAUAAAAAUGCCGAUGACAAGAAAUUCGGUGGUGUGAAAGCUGGAUCUGGUGUGGUUCCAUGUCAUGAUGAGAGCUUACAAUCAAACGUUGUAGUUGGUAACAUUACUGAGUAUACCCAUGGAAGCCAGAAAGAGUUUGAGGAUCUAUCUUUGAUCCGCAAGCAGCUUGUUCAUAUUGAAAAUCAGCAAUCCAGUUUAUUAAAUCUCCUCCAGACAUUCAUGGGGAGCUCACAAAACGGAAUUCAUUCUCUGGAGACACGUGUGCACGGGUUGGAGCUGGCUUUGGAUGAGAUCUCACAUGACUUGGCUAUGUCAACCGCGAGGUUGUCAAAUGUGGAAUCCGAAGGAACCACUUGUUGCAAAUUACCCGGUGCCGAAUUUUUUAGUCCAAAGUUCUGGAGGAGAACAGAGCCUCGACAUUCAACCUCAGGGUUCUCUUCUUCCAGAGGCACUGAACCAAUGAUUGCCGUGCGUAACAUAGCCAAUACGAAUGGCAAUUCUGAAACAUUUAAGAUGGAUAACAGAAGGUUUCGGCUGCAAGGCAGUGAUCAGUUUAUUGUGAAUCCAUUGUCCGCGAUUCCCAGUGACUCCUGCGGGAUGUCAGAGGUUUCCUCAAACAGAGUCUCAAAGAAUAUUCGUGAUGCCAAAUGACAUGUUAGCACAUCACUGGCUGAUGUUAUCAGCAGAUGAGCUGCUGAGAUCAAAUGAAAUUUGAGUCUUGAUACUAGUUUAGCUGUGUGGCGCUGGAGAUAUGAUCUGUUAUUUGGAAAAUGAGCUUGAUUAUACAGUACACAACCAAAUCAAUUGUAGCUGUUAUUAUCUACUAAAGUAAUUGUGCCGAGCCAAUUCAUUCAGUAACCCGUCUAGAGUUCGAUUCAGAUCUCUUUUCAGAUUUUCAAUUUAAAAGUGAGCACUGCAAGAAGUGAAGGAAGGUCAUUACAAUUUAUAAUGUUCCACAGUCUUGAUGUAUUGUCUUGUAUAGAGAAGAUGUGUUUGGUACAACUUUGGAAAUAUGAUUCUACCAUUUAGUUUGAAUGCAGCGUUUGUUUACAGUUUUUAAAACA